AUGCCGAAUACCAAUAAUAUCGUCGGUAUGACUACCCGUUCCCGCGCGAAUGAAGGAAAUUUGAACGUCAUGGGUACUGCACAACAGAACGAAAAUGCACAAAGUGCUGUGCGACUAAUCGAGAAAAAUUCGCAGCACGAUAUAUUCGCCAAUGGAGGGACACUAGGUGAACAAAAUAAUUCGGAAAAAACUUCGCAAAAUGGAUCGAACGUCGAGAGCGUGAAUGCAGUCGAUACGAACGCUAUGCUCAAUACGCUGAUGGUGCAAAAUAAUAUGCUCAUGGAGUUAUUAAAAUUGCAACAGCAUAAACCACUCAACGACAUAACCAUUGCUCCGGAUUUAAAUAAGUCGAUACCGGUUUUCAAUGGUCUUAACACUGGUUAUCAAGCGUUAGACUGGCUGAGGACUGUGAAUGGAGUUGCCAAUUUACAUCGGUGGCCCGAUAAUUUUAAGUUACAAUCCGUACGAGCAAACUUAGACGGUGCAGCCCGACAUUGGUAUGCGUCACGCGACAUCGAAAACUGGCCGGAUUUCGAAAGACAAUUUCACAAAACAUUUGUUGGUACCGUUAUGACCGGUGACCGGUGGAAAGAAAUGUCCCGUCGUGUUCAAGUUCGAAAUGAAAACAUCCACGAGUACUUCCACGAAAAAGUACAUCUUUGUAAGAUGGUUGGAAUGUCUUUCCAUGAAAUGAAGAUACAAAUAUUAGAAGGCUUAUAUUCUAAAGAUUUGUGUGUCUACUUAUUAAGUCGUAAUCACAGAGACGAAGACGAAUUGUUAAGCGACGUAGUCGAAUAUGGACGCUUGGAUGCGUCACGUUCGAGUCGCAUUCGUCAUACAAUUAUCGACGCUAAGGAAAAGGACACGUACAAAACAGGUGUAACGCGAUCAACUGUUGUAGCUACACCGAAGAAAGAUCAGACAAAAACUGUAACAACCGGAACACUAACUACGCGCUCGUGUUAUAACUGUGGCUCGAAAGACCACAUUUCGCCGCAAUGUCCAAAGCCGAGAAGGGAGAAGGGCGCGUGCUACGAAUGCGCGGCGACAGAUCAUCAAAUAGGAACCUGCCCUACACGUAAGAAACGAUUCGGUGAUGACGGAAAAUCGAGGUCGGCUGGGCUGAUGAAUAUUGACGUCGAGGGCGACAGUGGGCCAACAGACGAGUACCCGAUGCCGUAUGAAGUUCGGUGCGAAUACAAUGUACCAGUGGAGGGAGAGGAGUGUCAUGUCAGAUUCAACGCGAUGGUCGACACAGGAAGUCCUGUGAACGAGAAUGAGACCGUGAAAGAGACAGUCGAUAAUUGGAACGAAAUAUUAUGUAUUGAUUUUAACUCAGACGUAAACGUGUGUACAGAUACGGUGAACGUAAAUCCCGAGUUAGACUGUGAUGUAAAUGAUAAAUUUAUUAAAAUUUAUAACGUUGAAUACCUAUCGCGAAUAAAUGUAGAACCACAUAGUGAUAAUAAUUGCAAUUUUGAAAUGAAAAUAGUGUUGAAACACGAACAACCUAUAUCGUUUAGGUCGAGAAGGUUGUCUUAUAGCGAGCAAGGUAGUUUGCGUAAUAUUAUCGACGAAUUGUUAUCCGAAAACAUAAUAAGACCAAGUAAUAGCCCCUAUAGUAGUCCGAUUGUAUUAGUGAAAAAAAAAAAUAAAAGUUUCAGGCUGUGUGUUGAUUAUCGAGAGCUUAACAAAAUUACAGUUAAAGAUAAUUUCCCAGCGCCUUUAAUAGAUGAUCAAUUAGACCGUUUAAAAGGGAAAAAAAUAUUUACUUCGUUAGAUUUGAAAAAUGGUUUUCAUCAUGUACGCAUGAACGAAGCUUCUAUUCCAUAUACGUCAUUUGUCACGCCUAUAGGGCAAUAUGAAUACCUGAGAAUGCCGUUUGGGUUGUCAAAUUCACCUCGAGUUUUUAAUCGGUAUAUUCAAUUUAUAUUCCAUGACCUAAUUUGUCGGGGGGAACUGCUUGUGUAUUUAGACGACAUGUUGAUAGCAACACAGACUUUCCCUGAACAUUUUAAAAUAUUAAGUGAGGUUUUCCGUAUAGCUGCAAAACACAAGUUACGUUUUAAUUUUGACAAAUGUUCGUUUGGAUAUUAUGAAGUAGAAUACCUCGGAUAUAUAGUAAAUGAGCACGGUAUACGGGCUAGUACGAAACACGUCGACGCGAUGCUUAAUUACCCGGUCCCGAAAAACCAAAAACCGGUCAGGCAGUUUUUAGGAUUAGCUAGUUAUUUUCGACGUUUUAUUUGUAAUUUUUGGGUAAUAGCUAAACCAUUAUAUGACCUUGUAAAGAAAAAUGUCGAUUUUAUUUUCGGUGAGCAAGAACAGGAAGCGUUCAAAUACUUAAGUUCAGUACUAACAAAGACACCCGUAUUAGCUAUAUAUUCCCCCACAGCGGAAACUGAGUUGCAUUGCGACGCGAGUUCGUCUGGUUUCGGUGCAAUAUUGCUUCAAAAACAGUCUGACAAUAAAUUUAAACCCGUGUUUUAUUUUAGCCAGCGCACAUCUCCGGUUGAAUCGAAGUAUCAUAGCUUCGAGCUAGAAUGCCUGGCGGUCGUAUAUGCGAUAAAACGUUUUCAUGUAUAUCUUAUACGGCAUAUCUUUUAA